AUGGGCAUCGCCAUUGCCGUGGUGCUUGUUUGCAGCAGCGCCGUGCAAGCGGAUUUGUUACGGACUGGAGAGUACCCGCAGCCAGGAUAUCCAUUCGGCAAACACUGCAACUUUAACGAGGAGCAGGAAGCAGAUAUCAAGAAGGAUGCGUUAAACCAUUUCAAGGUUCCGGAGAAGGGCUAUUGUUUUGAAGCGUUCCCAAAUAGUCGUGUGCCUACCUCCUCAUGCUUUGUGAUCAUCGUUGCAUUUGGCAUUACGGUGUGCUUCUUUCUUUUGUCGUGCUUCUUGAACAGAUUUUACUGCACGUUGUUCCGUAACACUGCAAAUACUCGCAAAGAAGCAUGGUCAAACCUGCGUGUGGUUGGAGUUUUAAUGGAGAAAUCGGAACCUGCAUUGCCCGUCGAUCCUGAAAACGUUGUGCCUUUGGCACCCGAGUCUGAUUCUGACCUAAGCGAGACAAGGCAGAAACUCAUUAAUCUACGACCCGCAACUGAGGGCGAACCGACCAAUUAUGGGUCCGGCAACAUUCCUUCGCACGAAAAGGAGGAAAUUGGAGCAGCGCCGAUCAUUAGUACACAAGAUGGCUCUGGAACAAAAAAGGGCAAGGAGGUUUACUCCUCGGGAGCCAUUGUCCCUGUGUUGCGCAACGAAGACCCGGCUGUCAUGUCCGACGAUCAAUCGGACGACGACUUUGAGGACGACGACAACUUUGGCAACUAUCGCCGCACACGUCCUCAGCGCCUUUCCAAGACCAGCUCAAAGGAUACGAACCGGUUGAGCGUGUCGGACUUAGGCCCUUCGCCUUCUUAUUCGUCCGAUCUGCCCGCCGCUGCGCCGGCGAUUCAGCCAAGUGAUGUAAUGGGUGGAAAUGCACAUCUCUCUGCGAGCUCGUCGUCCAAUACAGCGUUUUCAAUUCGGAUGGGCGCUAGACAGGACUCGAACUCCUCGUCGCGCUCUUCAGACCUUGAGCCGGGCGGUGCCAAAGUCCCCGAUUACGUCCUUUAA